CCCUCGAUCUCUCUUUCCUCUUCCUUUCUCUCUCCCACCAGCUCCAAGACCGAGCAACAGAAGAAGAAGAAGAGAAGGACGACGACGGAGGAGAAGGAGAAGUCGACGGGAAGGUGAAAUUCAGCUCGGAUACCCGAUCUACCAAAGCUCGAGGGACAUCUCUAAGCUCCGGCGAGCCGUGCCUGACUCGGGGACGAUGUCGGAUACAUUCUGCUCCGAUUGCAAGAAGCACACGGAGGUGGUGUCCGACCACUCCGCCGGCGACACCGUCUGCUCGGAGUGCGGCCUCGUGCUCGAGUCUCAUUCCAUCGAUGAGACGUCUGAGUGGAGGAUUUUCGCCAAUGAAUCGGGCGACAACGAUCCGGUCCGUGUUGGUGGCCCCACUAACCCGCUCCUCACCGAUGGCGGUCUCUCCACCGUCAUAGCUAAGCCCAACGGCACCACCGGCGAGUUCCUGUCCUCUUCCCUGGGGCGGUGGCAGAACCGCGGAUCGAAUCCCGAUCGUGGACUCAGACUCGCGUUCAAGACCAUUGCGACUAUGUCCGACAGGUUGGGUCUCGUUGCAACCAUUAAGGAUCGCGCAAAUGAGAUAUAUAAGAAGGUCGAAGACCAAAAGUCAAGUAGAGGAAGAAAUCAGGAUGCGCUAUUGGCUGCUUGCCUGUACAUUGCUUGUCGGCAAGAAGACAAGCCACGUACUGUCAAGGAAAUUUGCUCCGUUGCCAACGGAGCCACUAAGAAGGAAAUAGGACGAGCAAAAGAAUACAUAGUGAAACAACUGGGGUUAGAGAAGGGCCAGUCAGUCGAAAUGGGAGCAAUACAUGCUGCCGAUUUUAUGAGGCGUUUUUGUUCCAAUGUUGGUAUGAACAACCAAGCAGUUAAAGCUGCCCAGGAAGCUGUACAGAAGUCUGAAGAGUUUGAUAUAAGGAGGAGUCCUAUAUCUAUUGCAGCAGCAGUUAUUUACAUCAUUACCCAGCUCUCAGAUGAGAAGAAGCCUCUCCGAGAUAUUUCUCUAGCUACUGGAGUUGCAGAAGGAACUAUAAGGAACUCGUACAAGGAUCUGUACCCCCACAUAUCCAAAAUAAUCCCGAGCUGGUAUGCCAAGGAGGAGGAUCUCAAGAACCUCUGCAGUCCUUGAGGCGAGGGGUACUUGUAUCAUACACAAACAUCGGCGAAGCAAGAGACAGGACAAGAGACAGACUACAGGCACGAUCAAAUUUUUGUUGUAAACACACAAUAUCAGCAACAAUACGUCAAGCUCAUAUUCUUAUAUUUUCAAGUGUGUGGGAGCGGAACCAACUCCCUCAGUCGAUGAGAAUUGAUUCAGUUCAAUCAUUCUUUCACUUCCUAUUUGUUUAAAUUCUGUUAAGGCAACAGAACCGGUGAUGAUUGUUAGAGCAGUUAAAUCUUAUUUCUCAGUUGAUGGGCUGGGCCUGAGCUCUUGGUCUCAUAUUUUUGGUUCCA